AUGGAUUUCUCCAUCAACUAUCUGGACUUAUUGAAAUACUGUUAUGGUUUGGGCUCAUUUCAUGGCAUUAAUACAUUGGAGGCAGCGAGAAAUAGAUUAUAUACACUAGUUCGUAAUCUGAAAGACUGUUGCCUAUUGCUAGAUUGUCCUCAUAAUUCUGAGGACUGUCAUAUGCAUGAUGUUGUUUGUGACGUUGCUACAUUAAUUGCGUCAAAGGAUCAUAAUAUGAUAAUCGUGAGAGAUGAUGAUGGACUAAAAGAAAGGCUAGAUGUGGAUGUACUCAAAAGAUGCAAGGAGCUCUCUAUGCAUGGUGGAGAUUUCCAUGAACUUCCUGAUGAAAUGGAAUGCCCAGAAUUAAGAUUCCUUUAUGUGGAUGGUGGAGAUCAUUCUUUGCAAAUCCCAGACACUUUCUUUCAAGGGAUGGAAAGGCUCGAAGUUUUGGAUUUUACACAAAUGCAACUUUCAUCACUUCCUCUCCUUAGAAACCUGCUAACUUUGUGUUUGGAUGGUUGUGUGUUGGAUGACAUAGCUGUAAUUGGAAAGCUCAAGAAUUCAGUAGUUCUUAGCCUUCUUGGAUCCCAAAUUUCGAAAUUACCAAAAGAAAUAGGGUUCUUGAGUCAUUUGCGGUUGUUGGAUUUGAGCAAUUGUUCCAAACUUGAAGUGAUUCCCCCUAAUGUCCUAUCGAGCUUGGUGGCAUUAGAAGAGUUAUAUAUGGGAAACUCUUUUGUUCGAUGGGAGGCUGAAGGACUCAAUAAUGAAAGAAAUAAUGCUAACCUUCCUGAGUUAAGGCAUUUGUCCCAUUUGACUACUUUAGAGAUACAUAUUCCAGAUGCCAGCAAUCUGCCAAAGGAUUUGUUGUUCGAAAAGUUAGAAAGAUAUGUAAUAUUUGUAGGAGAUGUCUGGGAUUGGUCUGAUAAGACUAAGGGCCUUUUGCAACUUAAAGAAUUGGAGAUAAGAGAAUGCAGCAUCAUGGGUGCAAUAGUUGUUAAAGAAGGUGAAAUAGAAGACACAGAUAUGAUAUUGUUCCCUAAAUUGCGUUGCUUGGCAUUACGAGAUCUUCCAAAGCUCAUCAGCUUCUUAAGCGCACAAAAUUCAUUCAUAACUGCUUUUGGAGAAAUCAUUUCAGAUGGAAAGCUUGAUUUUUACGUGCCAAUUCUACACGAAUAG